CGCCGCCGCCUGCGGGAACAUGGCCGAGUCGCCGGAGGAGGUGGCGGUGCUGGUGCAGCGGGUCGUGAAGGACAUCCGCAACGCCUUCCAGCGGAACCCACACAUAGAUGAAAUUGGAUUAAUACCCUGCCCUGAAGCCAGAUAUAACCGAAGCCCUAUUGUCCUGGUAGAAAACAAGCUUGGUGUGGAGAGCUGGUGUGUGAAGUUUCUUUUGCCAUAUGUCCACAAUAAACUUCUCCUCUACAGACAGAGAAAACAGUGGCUGAACAAGGAUGAGCUGAUAGAUAUCACGUGUACCCUGCUACUGCUGAACCCCGACUUCACCACUGCUUGGAAUGUGAGGAAAGAAUUAAUACUGUCUGGCACUUUAAAUCCACUUAAAGAUUUGCAUCUUGGAAAACUGGCGUUAACCAAAUUUCCCAAGAGUCCAGAAACAUGGAUUCAUAGACGAUGGGUGCUGCAACAGCUAAUUCAGGAAAACUCCUUGCCCAAUCUUGCAACUAAAGGAAACCUGGGAGCAGCACCUGUGGAGAGUAUUCACCGACUGGUGCAGGAGGAAAUGAAUGUCUGCUCUGAAGCUGCUGGGAGAUAUCCAAGCAACUACAAUGCCUGGUCCCAUCGCAUCUGGGUUUUACAGCAUUUGGCAAAGCUCACUGUCAAGGUUCUCCUUGAUGAACUUUCAUCCACUAAAUAUUGGGUAUCCAUGCAUGUCUCGGACCAUAGUGGAUUUCAUUACCGCCAGUUCUUGCUCAAUUCCUUGAUACGCAGAACAGUGACUGACAAAAACAUACUGGUACAAAAGCAAGUGGUAAAUGAACAAAACCCUAGCCUUCAGAAGGAGGAAGAGAGUGCAGGGACAGAAGCUGCCUGUGCAGAGGAGCAAAGCGUGGAUCUCCCCAGCCGUUUAGACGAAGAGAUGGAACUGUGCAGUGAACUGAUUGAUAAUUACCCAGGGCAUGAAACCUUGUGGUGUCAUAGAAGGUGUGUGUUCUACCUUCAGCAGCACUUAAGCAACAAACUUCUUCUCGUGAGUACAUCGGUAUCGUCUGUGGACAGCAGUGAUGAAAGUCUGAAUAAUUCUCACCACAGCCCUGCAACAAGUCACAUGGCACAAGCUAUGGAUGUUGAUGGUUUGAAUGAAUCCUGCAGCAAACAAGGUUAUACCCAAGAAACAAAACGCCUGAAGCGUGCUCCUAUGCUGGACUCUCUUGGUCCAGAAAUGGAAUACCGGUUUGUUGAUAAAGUAUUAUCAACUUGUAGGGAUGUGGACCAAGCCAGGUUUGCUACUGCUUAUAGAAAAUGGUUAGUUACUUUUUUAGGUCAGUGAAGGAAAUAUUGAAAGCUUUCAGGGUUCUUCUCUUAGUGCAAUAUUCUCUUUUCAGACAAAUGCAUGUCUUGGUUGCAAGUGUUAGCUAACUCUGUGUUUCUCUCUCUUUGAUGGUAAGUCCUAAAGCUAAAUUUCAGAGUAGACAUCUGUCACUUUAUUUAAGAACUGGCACAUGUUUUUAUUAAGCAAAUGCAGUUUGUUAAUCUCUCAAAGAAAUCACUCUUACCAGCUUCCUACCAUGACUUUUUUUUAACUUCUGUAUUAAGGUGGACUCUGAAUCAUUUGACUUAAAAAAAAAAAAAAAAAGAGGCAAAAGAAAAAAGUUUGAAAUGCUUGUGAAACAGAGUGUCUGAAAAAGUGGGAGAAUCUGUCACUAUCAGUUAAACCUGUUCCCAGUUUGUUCCUGUAUGGCAUCAUGCUAAUACCCUAUGGGAUCCAGGCUAUAUUUGGUGAGUGCUAUUAUUUUUGUAUAGCAGUCUUUGGUAGAACACCAGAAUAUAGUAUUUCUUUCUGAAGGCUUCAGUAACAGUUUUGCAGCUGUGAUACCUUUUACUGUUUUAAAUCGGUUUUUUGUUUGCUUAUUAAUUGUCAUGUUAACUUCAUAGGAAGGUCUAUAUGGUUGAAAUCUUGAUAAGCAGAUACAGGAAAAUGUGGCAGAAAAUAGUUCAAACACAUGUUCAACCACAGCCAGAACAGUAUUUGGCUGUAUUUGUGAAUUGUUUUCUUAAAACAGACUAUCUUCAUUUUUACUUGGUUUUUAUUUAUUUAUUUUAUCUCAACAAUCCAGAUUUAAUCACAUUUGAUACACAUUUCUGAAUGUCUUUUUUACACUACAGAUUCGCACCCUGCCAAAUCAUACAUUGGUAAACUUGUAUUUAAUCAAGACCCUACAAGUCCAAUAUUUGAUGGAGUAAAAAGUAGCUCUUCCAACUGAUGAUUGAGAUUAUAUAGUUAAAAAAAAAAAACAUUGAGAGCAAGGAGGGAGCUAACCCUUCUCUUAUGUUUUUUUUUAAGAGCUUCAGUUUUUGUUGUUUUGGACUUUUUUUCCAUUUUUACUACUAAAGAAGAGCUGUACUCCAGCCAUACAUCUCUGUUUACAUAACUGUAAAUUUUAAGGGAAUUUGAAAUCAAUUAUGAAUGGUGUAUUUUGUCAUUUCCUUAGAAUUUGUCUGUAAAAGGGAUUUUUUACAAUAGAAUUGUGCUGGUACACAGACCCGGGGAAAACAUUCUACAACUGUAGAAGUCCAUACAGUGGCAACAUUGCCUCUUUUAAAAGCAAACUAUUCUCUGGGGGAAUUAGAUUUUCAAGUUCGUUUCCUUGCCAUAAUUGUUUUAUUUAUCUUCUGCCCCAUAUGCCUCUUGACCAAAAGUUUCAAGAUGCUGUUUCUGUUGGGCAGAGAAAAACAAUGAGGGAGGAAAAAACACAGGUAGCCUGCUCAAAAGAUGUCACUUUGAAUAAAAAAAGCACUCAAAAUGUGAAGUUCCUGCACUUCUUAGAAGUUUGAUGAAUGGCAUUUACUCUUGCAUUUCAAUAUGAAAACAGACCACCUCCAGUCUUUGAGAGUAUGUUCAUGAUUCAUUUCAGGCACAAAGUUGCUAAAAAUGACAUUUCUAAAUGUACACUGUUCUGUUUACAAUACAUAAAUAAGACUGAUCUAGGCUUGAGCAUCUCCAUAUCAAAGCUUUGUUCCAGAGGGCAUCCACACCUCCUCUCCAUAGGUAUGCAUGUAUUACAUGCAUACAUUAGCUUUGAGGUGCUGUGGGAUGCUCUGGUGGUUUGAUUGAUGAUUUUAGUUGCAGAAAACAUAGUUGAUUUGUGAAGGAGGUGUGGGAUUGGCUUGAGAGCAGUUUUGUCAUAAGGUGUUGCCUGAAUGAUCACUGACAAAUGGGUAGGUUCAAGUACAAACACGAGUCUGAGCAAGAGCUUUUACACAUCCCAGGAGACCUGAUGUUUAGUGAAGGUGGAUGAUACAUUAAAGUAUGUGUAGAAGCCUGGGUUAGCUUGAUUAACAGUAUCCCAGUAAUGACUCAUAUGAGCCUGGAGACUGUGAAAUCAAGAGGGCAGUGUAUUAAAGAUCAGGUUCUUGGUCUUACAUUACUUAGUAAUGUAUUUGUGUGUUCUGUUUACCUUGGUAAAAUUUUCCUGUUUAUGAGAAAAAUAUUAGCGAUAGGAGCAAUCUUGGAAGUGGGAGCAUGAUGAGAAACAUUUCUUAACUGUGGAAGGGAAGAGAUUAUCUCUUCUUGCACUGGAAAGACUGAGGCUUUCAGAAGAAAAUACUAAUAUUAGAAUCUGACUUGAAAUUCAUUAUAUAGUUCUUCCAGACUAUAAUCUGGAGUCUUGGUUAGCAUUCUCAGAGCUGUACUGUGGAAGUUCCGUGCUUUUGAACUUGACAUCAUAAACAUUUAAGCAGGUGCCCUCAUAUACAUGUGUAUAGUUUCUGUUCAUGUCAGCACAAGUGAUGCAUUCUUGUAGGAUGACAAGAUUUGGUCCUAUGUAACUAAAUAGAGUUACAUUGAAUUUUAGUACUUGGAAAAAUGUUCUGAGAACUCUGAUUAGAGAUGGUGCUGAUAUUCUUACUCCUUUUGUAAAACACUGAGGGCUGUAGCAUAACUCAUAAGUGUGGGUUUUUAAAGUCUGCACCUCAUGGAAAUAUUCCCCUGCACUCUAUUUUUUAAAUCCAGUUAGAAUAGUUACAUUUAGACAUGUUUGCAGACCUGAAAACUUAGUAGUGAAAUUGAAACAAGUAACAUCUUUUUGUUUGAAGGAAAUGCAAACAGUAAGUUGUUAAGUUUGAGAUUUAAUUUUUUAACAGUAACAAUAUAAAUUAUAUUAAGGAAAAUAAUAUCUAAAUUGCUUCAAACUAUCAAUGUCCUGAAGCCUCAUGCACUAAAUUAUUGAAGAAGUACUUCUAACAUACUACAUUAAGCUCAAACUGAUGUGAAGUUGUGGAACUAUGAUUGCAGUGUACCUGUCUAACCACUUGGUGUUACUGCAGAGUCCCCUUUGGACACUGCUUGAAAAAUAAAAAGUGGCUUUAGGCCAUUGGUAGUUAAUGUACUAAGCACAGCUACUUUACAUAAGGCAUUUCAGAUGUUUUGUGUUUCAGAGAUCAGAGACUAAUAAUUUAGUCAGUGAAUAUUCCUGCAGAGAAAAUGUCCAGCAGAAAUGGCAGAAUUCAAGGCUCUUACGUUCUGAAAUUUUUUCAAAUAUAAAAUCAAACUUUGUACAUCUUUAAACAUCUUAAUGUAAAGUUCAGCAUCUUUCCUAAUUUUGUCUUUUGCUGUAGUAUGUGUCAUUUUAAUUGAAUCUUUUUGUUCACUGGAUUAGUCUUUGUAGAAAUUUGUUUGUACUAGAAACAAAGGGUUUCGAGGAACAAAUGUAAUUUGAAACUACAGAAUUUGGAAUAGAAGGAACCACGUUUUAAAGUGGUAAACUCUCAGCUGCUAAAUACAGUAACUGUUAUUUCACUGGCAUUUUGUUUGUCUUGUGUGUUACAGUCACUGGAGAAACACGCAGCAUUAAAUACAGCUACAAUAACAAACUUGUAUGAAGUCAUUGGAACGCACUGUUAUAGCUGCUCUGAUUGAUAAUGUACUCAUGUUUGCAUAUUUGUGUUUUAUUGACUGCUUACAUAUUCUUUAUACAACAAAAUCCAUGUGUUAUUUAAAUAGGGGAUAAAUAACUUGUCGGUUUAUACUAUUUGAUUAAUUACCUUGUACGUAAUUUGCUUUAAGACGAAGAAGCAGAGUGAUAGUAUAGUGAGAAAGCUUAGAUUUUUGUCUUAUAAUGAAAAUUUCUGGCAUUUCCAGUUUUAUUCUAGUGCUGCUUAGUUAGAAUGUGUAGCUAGACUUUGUGGAUGGGAGUGAUUUUUUUUGCUAAGUAGAUAGUUAAUGAAUUUUUAAAACAGUACUGUAUAAUAUUGAUGAACAGAAAGAAGGGGUUUUGGAAAGGUUUGUCUGCAUAAACAGACUCAAAAAGCAUACUUUUUUCAAGAACAUAUACACUGAGCAAAAUGUGAGUACCAGAGAAUAAUUUAGGUUGUGAAUCUUUAGAGAUUUGAUGAUUAAAUUUUUGGACAAGUUGUUGUUUGCUUAGUUUUGUUUUGCCUUCUGUAAGGGAAGAGUGCUUUUUGGGUUUUUUUUUAAAUCAAGUAGGAGGUGAACCAUUGCACUUACAAUAUGGGGAGAAAAACCCACAACUGCUGAAUUGUAUCUCAUAGAGCAAUUUUGGAAAAAGCAAUGAACUGACACUGAAAUGUAGAUGUCACUUCAAAAUGCAUCUUUGCACUCAUUGCGUGAUGAGAGAUAUAUGUAAUUAGAUCUUACUAUUUUAUCAGUGUCAGAUGCAAAGAAUAGGGUGUAACUCACCAAUUCUCACAUGCACUUAACAUUCAAGUUACUAUCAAAGGAAGUUCAGUGUCCCUGUCUAUGAUAUUUUCCUUGUGUACUCAGAGGUAUGUUUCUUUUCAGCCUCUUCUCUGUUCUUCCAACCAGCAAAGAAGAAUGUAGCAAAGCAUUGGUGAGGUGGCCUAAUUUCGUGUUUGAGUAACUCUGACUACCUCCCAAAAAGUACUUGACUGAUGUCCAUAAGUGGAGUUCAUCAGGCUCAGUUAUUUCAGAACCUCAUGCUAGGCCUAUAUCCUCUUUCAGAUGUGAAAGCAAGAGCUUUAUCAAUGAAUCUAUCAAGCUUUCCAGGGACAGUUUGAAGGAGAAUGGAAAAAAUACUUUAGUUAAACUUGGGAAAACUAGAAUUAGCAUAAAUCUUCAUUUGCCUUUUCCUCUGAAGAAGCAACUCUGUUGCUGAAAAAUGGAGGAAAUAUGCUACCAGGGAAUUCCAUAUAAUAUGCUUUUGAACUGCAGACCUGAUACUUCCUAGUGGCUUUUGCUUAGUGCGUAAUGUUACUUCUCAGGGCAUAGUCUAUUAUAGUGAAUUAGGGUGCAUUUUUACAGUUUAUAAUUAUUGAUUAAAAAGGAACAAAAGGUAAACCUGUAACUGGCUUUUAAUUACUUUUUCUUUUGCCUAGCAUAUUAUUUUAUAAUCUACUCAUAUGCCAACACUGUACCCAGUAAUCUCAUCUGCUUCUUACUGUUAUUCUGUUGAAUUGCUGUUGCAGUCUUGCAGGAAGCUCCUGAUAGUUGUUGGAUUUAUUCUCUGGGGUUCCUAGUAGCAUUCAGUAAAGUAAUUAGUAUCUCAAAGUAUGUUGUAAUAAUGGGGAAGCUUUUUACAGCAUCUGUCUUCAUGCACCAUAGGUCUUAGAUUCAAUAUUAAAAACCUUUUGUUAGGAUUCUGAAUGCUAAAUCUUUUUUGUCAAACUCUUACAUGCAACAGAGUUAUUCUGGAAAACAGAAGUCUUAACUGAAGUCACAUUUGUUAAAUAUCUUUAUCUGCUCCAUCUGGAACCUGCUGUACAUCCUACUGUAUAGACAGAGGUGAGGAGAACCCACAGUGAGGUGCAUAUUUUCUUCACAAGACAUUUUCUGAAUGGAAUAUAAUUAUGGUUAAACAAAGAGCUUUUCUUGGAUGAGGUACACAUGUCUGUUCAUUGUGAAUAAAGUUAUGAAAUUGGUACAUCAUUAAUAUGGUAAGAUUUGCUGAAUGGCUGCAUGUAAUGAGUAGAUGGAAUGUGGUUUUUUAAUCUGCUGUUAAAAAAAAAAUCACAUAAAUGAUACGAGGUACCAGAAUUUAUUUUUAGAAAGCAAAAUGUACCUACUGUGUUCAUUCCCUUUUGUAUCAGUUUUUCUUUUUUGAAGUAGCUACAUUUAAAACUGAAAGGUAUACUUGGGAACACACUUAACUUCAUAUUAUCUCAUUACUUUUAUAUAAUCAAAAUAAUAGAUGUCUUAAAUGUUUUGGAGUAGCAUUAAGAUCCAAGGUAGUGACAGCACUACAGUGUUCAAGUGAGCCAAUAAACUCUAAUUUUGUAACAUCGUUGUGUUCAUCAAAGUACUAUUCUAUGUAGGGAAAUGUUUAUUUUAUCAAGAUUUGUGCAAAAAUAUUUAAUUCUCAUAGCUUUCUUAUUAGGGGGAUAUACAACUAGUUUUGAACAUAAUAUUUUGCAAUAUUUUUUCUAUGAAAAUUUCUCAAAUGCACAGUUGUCACCAUUGUAAAUUUUAUGUAGAUUUUCAAGAUGAAUUAGAUAAAUCAUAAAUUUUGUAGCAGAAAGACUAAAAUUAUGACAGGACAGUAAGACACUGAAAAGUAAUCUGCUAAAUGACCAGUCUUCUUCAGGAUAGUGAAUGUAAAGCAUUAAGUUUGUUUUUAACUGGUCUUACUUUGUCAUAGGAUGAAUUCCUGUCAGAUGGGGAUUAUUGUCUUUUUUUUUUUUUUGGGUGAACAGUAGAGAAUUUAUCUGUGAAUAAAUUAUCUAUAUUUAUUUUCCCACAAUAAGUGUGCAUGUAUGUGUGAAUGGAUGGAUGGCAGAACCGUAUUUUUGUCCUCUGAACGCUGCAGAAAUCAUCCACAUUUGGCUUCCUGCUGGCAGACUCCUCCAUGGUUGACCUGUCCUGACUCUGAGUCUAGCAGGGUUGGUGCCAGGUUGUCUGCUGAAAGCAGUGAGAUCUAUUGCUUCCUCUCUCUGUCUUAAUCUGCCUGAUUAUCAUUAUACUUGGGGAAAUGCCUGCACACAGCAACCAAAUCAUUAGUGGUGGUGUUUAUUCCAAGUGCUUGUAGAGAGUAUUUGAGACUGCGAAAGUAUUUGUAAGGUCUUGCAAGUUGGGAAAAUUUGGGGGUGCUCAGUCAAUACCAAGGGGAUACUUUUCACGACUCCUCCAGAAAGGAAAUGGACAGGGAUGUUUUGCAUGAGUGCUUUAGCAUCACAGGAGACUUGAGAAAAGUAUAACUAGUGACUUAAGCUGAUAUUUAAAAACAAACAAGUAGUCUUUUUGGUACUUUGUUUUCAGUAUUUUUUUCAUGUUCUUUUUUGUAAAAAUAAAUCACAUGAAAUAUUCUCAGAAUUAAUUAAUUUUGAGUGUCUUCUGGUUUUGAAUUAUUGGAUUUGACAGCUUUCCUCAAAGGAAGCUGUUUUACUGGAAAAUGCUAGAACCUUUCCUGUUUCCUCUUAGACCAUGUAAUUCAUUCCAAGUGUCCUAAAAUGAGCACCUGAAAUCACAAGGUGUUACUGAAAGUAUUUUUUAUCAUCCUAAAUGCAAAGCUUAAAAAAGCUUUUCUCAUAUGCUUAGUUUUCUUUUUUUUUCCUUUCAUUUUUUCUUACUAGCUGCUAGGUAGAAAGAAUAUGUAAAGAAGCCCAUGGCUAAUAUGAGCAAUCUUGGCUUAUUUAAUUUGGGUGUUCGUUAGUUCAGAAAGGAGCAAGUAAUAAACCCAUCAGGGUUCUUGUAUAAAAGUAAUUUGCAGGAUCUGGUUAUUUGUUUGUGAUCUGAAUGCUUUAUUUUUACAUCUGUUGAAAUGAGUUUCAAAAUUCCCACCAACUUCAUUGACUUCAGAUCAGGCUGUGCUGUGGAGAGAGUAUCAGCCUCUACCUACAUAUGUAGUGUGAUGAAUUGUAAGGGACUUGUUUGUCUUUCACAGGACAUACAUGGUUGUAUUUAUGGCUUCAAUUAAAAAACAGUCUGUGUAGUGUAUAGUCAUUAGCACUGUGGAAAAGGAGCCAUUAAGGUUAUGGAAUGUUAGAGGUUUAAAAGGGCAGCUAGAGAAGAACUAGGGGUACUACAGGGUAUCAGUAGCUAAGGAAGCUUCCUUUUUCCCUCUGUUUUUUUUCCCCUUCUAUUCUGUCCUCUCCUUCUCUCUCCCUCUUUCUUCCACCUCCUGCCCCAGCUCAAAACUCCCCAUUAUCUCCCCUGCCUCCAUGAUUUGUCAUCUUUUCUAGUGGCAGAAAGUUUCAUACAACGUGCCUGUGUGCAAACCAGGAUAACAGUUCAGUUUUGGAAGUAUUGCGUAUCAAUAGCAAAUAGAUACCAGUGAUUGAGGUUUGUGCAAGAUAUUUAGGGAUGACUGGAGAGGUUUUAAGUGCUGUGUGAUAACUGAUGCACUAUUGAACAGGAAUGUCUUAAUAAACAGUGGAUGGCCUGAGUGUUGCUGUUCUCCAGGCAUGCUGUCUGCAUUUAUGGUCAACAGUAAACUGCACAUUUGUCACCCUUCCAUCUCCACAAAUGCUUAUCACUAGCUAACAGCUAAUCUGCUUUGUAAAAUGCAUCUACAUCAUGUUGAUUUGAGAUGUACUAAAUUAUUUGUUGUUAUCUAGUACUAGAUAACUUCCACCAUGACUUUAGUCUACCUUCAGUGGAGCCUGGCCAAGUAUAGAUUUUCAUGGUUAUAAAACUGGUUUUGCUGUGAAGGGUAUUUGAAAUUCCACCAUAUAAAAUGUGCAUUUCCCUGAUGUCUAGUUAGAAACAUAGAAGGACAUCUUAGCACUGUUUUCCAUUUGUGCACACUGAGUUUUACCUUGUUUAUCUCAAAUAUUUUGUAUUGCAUGUUAAUUAAAUUUUUGCAUAUCCUAGUAGUACAAAAUUACUUACACAAUAAAAAAGAGCACCCUUACAGUUCUAACUGUUCUAUGCAGAUGUCUUCCAAAAUUUACAGGUACAAUUUUAGUGGUGGUGGUUGGUAAGCAGAUUUUUUUCACUUAUUUAUCAGCAGACUUGUUUUUAUAUGUAUUAGUGACAAAAUGGGCUAAGCACCGCUGUAAGUUAUUGUAUUUCUGUAGAAAAUGGUAAAUAGUGUAAUAUUGUUUUUGUUAAAUGUUGGCAGUUUAUAAAUAAACUUUUCAUCUCCUAAAAA